AUGCAAUCACGCAGCCCAGGCGACCAGCACACGUCUUGGGCCAACCCGUUCGAAGAGACUAGGCCUCGAAUAUCGGAAUGGACGGCCAGAGACAUAGCGACGAUUUCAUCCAAGCUCGACAAGCAGCUCGGUCCGGAGUACAUAUCGUCCCGUUCCGGACCUGGCGGUUCCCGAGUGCACUACCUCACCGCCGAGAAGUGCAUCUGUCUCGCCAACGAGGUCUUUGGCUUCAACGGAUGGUCAUCCUCCAUACAGAAUAUCCAGGUUGACUUCGCCGAUGAGAAUCCCCAGACGCAGCGAGUUAGUAUCGGUCUCUCCGUCAUCGUCCGCGUCACGCUGCGUGACGGCACCUUUCACGAAGACAUCGGCUACGGCUCCAUCGAGAACGCCAAGGGCAAGGCCAUGGCUUUUGAAAAGGCAAAGAAGGAGGGCACAACGGACGGAUUGAAAAGAGCCUUGAGAAGCUUUGGAAACGUUCUCGGCAAUUGCAUCUACGACCAGGACUACGUCAAGCAAGUCACCAAGGUCAAGGCACAGCCAGUCAAGAAGUUUGACCAAGUUAACCUGCACCGACAUGCCGACUUUAUCACCGUCAAGCCUGAACCAGCAAACGCUGCAUCUGCACCCGCUCCUGCAACGACGACAACGACGACGGCGGCGGCGGCGGCAAAGACGAACCCGAGCGAAUCGUUCGAAGACUUUUUCGGAGAACUCGACGAGGCAGACUUUUGCGUGCCCGGAGACGGUCAUCCCGACGAGAUCAUCAUCCCUCAUCCUCGGCAUGCGCAGGAAUCGACAGCUACGAACCCACCAGCUCAGAAGCAGCCACCCUCGCGGCAACUGAACAGGGUGCCUUCGGCAGGCAGCGGUGCUCGCCCGCCCCAAACACCACAUCCGGUGAACUCGCGGCCAAUACCGAAUCAGGAUGCGCAACAGCACCGCGCAACGGGAACCAUCCCCGGCAAGGCUUCCCCCGCUGAAGCAGCACAGCCGCAUGCUGUGUCGGUGUCGGAUGAAACAUCGAACGCACCCGUUGCCUUCUUCUCCGCGAAGUCGGUGGUGAACACCGAUUCGAAUGCACCAUCAACACAGCACAAGCACCUGUUCAACCCCAAAGCGGAGAGCCCAUCUAUCCGCAAGACACCCGGCAUCGACCAUUCUUCGUCCAAGCCAGUUGGGAGAAAUAUGAAGCACGUGCCACCCACAAACAGCCAGACUUCGCCCGCUCCCGCUUCCACCUCUGGCCCAAGCGCCACCGGCGUUACGUCCGCCAGGCAGUCGGCGAAUGGCGGCCCCAUCACUCGCAGCAACCUGGUGAAUCCAUCGCUGGAUCACACUCGCCGCAUCGGAGCACCGAGUGGCCCCAGCAGCCCUCUUGCAAAUCGGGGCGCCUACAAGCCGCCAUCGAUGAAGCGCCCGCUGCCGGCCGACGGAAGUGCCGCUGUCGCAUCGCGAUCGGCGCUUGCGGACGUCCCAACGAACACGGCCGGUCUGAAUAAUACCACGGCAACAGAUGCCAUCGACACGAAGCGACAAAAAAUGACAUGA